GAACUACCAGCUCUUUGGAGAGCGAUAGAAAAAGAGAGAGUGAAUGACAGCGAGCUGCGCGCGCGCGCGUAUGUGUGUGUGUUUUAGAGAGAGAGAGAGACAGAGAGAGAGAGAGAGUGCAUGAUUGUGGAGGCCUACAGUUAUGCAAAGACCGUGCUGUGUUGUGUUGCCAUUACGCACGAUUACGCACUGACAGCUACUUUGGAGACAGCAGCUCUCGAAGCAGUGGAGCGGGAUUUUACACAUUUUCAGGAAGAAGAAAGAAGUUAUCAUUCGACAUUCACUUGAUUUCCAGUAGAACAGCUUGAUCUUGAGCGCAGACCAGAGUCAGCUGCCAUUGAUCCCAACAGGAAUGGUGGAUCACCUGCCACUUGGUGAGGAGACCUUCCUGUAUUACACCGGCUCCCUGGGGUCUGACUGCAACUGCCUCUGUCGCCACGCCAAUGGUGGUGUGUUGUCGGGCAUCAUGGUAACGGAUGCGUGCGGUUAUCACCACCACCACCACCACCACCACCCUUACCAAGGGUUGACGGUCUCCUCUCCUCGCCUCUCCGAGGAUGACCUCAGUGAUUCCUCCAGCCCUCGUUCUUCCCUCUGCUCGAGCCCAGAGUCCUCAUCACCAGCCUCCCGGCACAUUUUCAACUCUGGCUUUGAGAGCAGGGGCAGCAGGAGCAGCGGGAGCUACAGCUCCUCGUCAGGAGGAGAGAGUCAGGACAGCCUGCUGGACAUUCUUCUCUCACAGAACUCCCUUACCACCUCAUUAAAUCAUAAUGCCAGCAUCAGCAGCAGCUCUCUCGCUUCUAUUUCUUCCUCUCUGUAUGUCUCCUCAGCACCCUCCUCAUCUCUCACUGCCCCCCUUUUACCUAUGGGCCAGACCUGGGAGUCCAAGAGAGAGCAGCGACUGAGUCUCCUCCAGCAGCAGGACAAAGAGGACUGUUACGAGUUUCCCGUUUUCCUUGAUGAGUUGCAGGAUCCUACGGCGCUUCUCUUUCAGCCCACCCUGGAAGAGAUUGAGGAGUUCCUUGAGGAAAACAUGGUGGUGGCAAUGGAGAAAGAAGAGGAGGGGAGCGAUGAGGCAAUGUCACAAACAUCGGAGGAUGCUGAGGUUGAAGGUUCAAGGACAUUAGCAGGAGAAUUGGUGUCAGUGCCACAGAACUCAGAUCAGACUGUUCCCGUAGCCCACUCUCCAUAUUUGUCCCACACAGAGACCAAACAUUCACCAUGUGCUUCAGAAAUGGACAAUUCACUAUCAACAGUGGAUGCCAGUUGUAUAGCGAGUUGUAGUGCUUCUAGUUGUCAAGUUGAUGAGAUCAAACAGGAGGACUGUGGCUUAUCGCAGGCCUCAUCAGAGGGCACCAAUGGUCCCUCCAGUGUGCCUGUCAUCUUACAAAUCCAGCCAAUACAAAUCAAGCAAGAACCAAACCCCAGUGCCAUAUCUGACGCUGUCACCCAAGAAACCCAGCCACACAAAACUCAAUCUCAGUCAAACCAGUCCUCAUCGGAUAUCAAAAUUGCCCAGCUCCUGGUGAACAUCCAGGGGCAAACCUUCGCUUUGGUACCUCAGCUGCUUUCCCCGGCAAACAUCGGUUGCUCAAAUAAAAACAAAAAUGCUUCUUCGUCUAAAUUUGUGCGGAUUGCGCCCGUUCCUAUUGCUGCUAAACCCACUGGGCUUGGGGAAGGUGUGUUGGGUGGAGGUUCGGCUGUUGGGGUCCUCGCUGCAGCACAGAGGUACCAGAAGAGCGCAGUAGCAGACCUUAUUAAAAUGCACAAGUGUUCUUUUCCCGGCUGUAACAAGAUGUACACCAAGAGCAGCCAUCUUAAAGCCCAUCUGAGGAGACACACGGGCGAGAAGCCCUUCGCCUGCACGUGGCCCGGCUGUGGAUGGAGGUUCUCCCGGUCCGAUGAGCUGUCCCGGCACCGUCGCUCCCACUCGGGGGUGAAGCCGUACCAGUGCAUCGUGUGUGAGAAGAAGUUUGCCCGCAGUGAUCACCUGUCGAAACACCUCAAAGUCCACCGCUUUCCACGAAGCAGCAGGACAGGACGCUCUGCAAACUGACCCUCCUGACCCACUCUGACAGACUGACGCUAAGCAGGGGGUGGGGCGUGUGCGUGCGUGCGUGUGUGUGUGUGUGUGUGUGUGUGCGUGUGUGUGUGAGAGAGCGAGGACAGACAGAGGUGGAGGGUGAAAGUCCAAACGCCCUUUAAAGGAGUGUGUGCAGGGCCAUUUCUGCUUGUGUGUGUGUUUCUGUUCGCGUAUGUAUGCGUUGACGUACAUUCAUGGUACUGUGAUAAUUUAUUGGGUGGCGAGGAAAAGACUGUAAAAGCUGAACUAAAGCAGAAAAAAACUGUUACUUGACAUAACACCCUCACAGGUGGAAUAAGCUUCUUGUAUAUUACAACAUUUAUUUGUCUCGCUCAAAUCGUUAAUGGAAUUUGAAGAAAAUCGCUGUUCAGAGCCUGUUUCUUUUUUUAUCUUUUCUUUCCAACACGGAGGUGUGUGUUCGACUCAAAAGCCAUGUAGUAAGAGGUGUUGUGAGACUUGGGGUGGGAUAGGGAGGCACUACUAUUUAAAACCCUCGUUUUUUUCCCCCCUUUGUACUUGUUGUUCAAAAGUAAUAUUAGGAAUAAUGUAUCUCUCACUGGUUUAAAUUGUAUCUGUUGCCAGCAGCAAAAGCAUUAUAUUAAUAAGCCUUGUGAUCUACAAGAUGGCUUCACUUCUAUUUUGUUUGCAAACCUCCAAACUCGGCGUAGAGCCACUUCCUUGCUUUGUUUUGGUUUGACAUUGGGAUGAUGGGAUGUUGCCUGGGGCCCGCCAAUCAUCUUGAAAUGUCCCUUUCAUCAAUAGACGGCAGAGUAGACGAUGCAUCAACAUUCCUUCAGCUUUGAUUCGGUCUCUUUGUUGCCUUUGAGUAUUGUUAGUGAAUAAAAACCAACCCUGCGUAGUAACCUCAAACUCGAUCCCUGGAAGAACAAAGCUCAUCGAGGAAUUACCGCUCACCAACACGGAUCAUUGUAAUGUGUAAUUUGCACUGGUGAAUGUGAGAUGUCUCGCUUCAUUCACGUACAGUCCUGCCCUCUUGGUCUCAUCUGGUGGAAGAAGGGGACUGUUUAUCAGAAUGGUUGUCGUUUUUAUGGCCCUCUGUUUAUUUUUGGAUGAAAACAGACUUGGGUUGCAGCUAAAUCUGAUGGCAAUCUGCAAAAGAUUUCAAGCUCACUUUGAAAACAAGCAUACGUAGAAGCAAGUCUGCUGCUCCGCUUUCGACUUGUGAUGAAUUGCAUUUGUUCUCAAGUUUUGUGCUGUUAUGUGAGGCCUAAUCAUGUAUUGCUUAAUGUCCCAUAAAAAUGAUCAUACACGACAGUAAUUUAAUAUGAAAAGACACAGAACGUUUGGUAACUGUAUGGGUCAAACUGCCAAAUCAAGUUUUUUUUCCCCUUUUCUUGCCACGUAUUAAUUCUGCUUCAGUUUUCUAUUAAAAAGACAUAAUGUUCUGAUUGAAAUGAACUGGAAUUCAUUUUAGUCCUUAUUGCCCAUUCAGAGAGAUGAGAAGUAAGUUUGUUUACACCGCCAUGAUGGCAGGAAAGGGCUCUGCUAAGUGCCGGUUUUAACGUGUCACGGUUCACUGUGCACUUUAAAACCACGGAGAUCGAGCCACGGAUCACACAACUUAACAAACUUACUAUAACUAUGGUACUAUAUUAUAUAAGUAUAGAAACAGCCAGAGUGGACAUUAUUAAAGGAACUGCAGUAUCUAGGCAAAUUCAACUUUCUGAUAAACUUUCCCCUCUUCCAAUUAAAAAGUGUUGGAUUCUCAACCUGUUAUGAAGUAAUCACGACACAAGCAAAAUGCAUUGUCUUUGUGUUUCCCAGGCUCAUUUAAUGGUGGUGAUAAAAUAACUCUGUCGCCCCUUGUUAUCCUCACAGCUAUCCACCAUUUUCCCAUAGAAGCUGCCUGACAUAUCGCCUGGAAUAUAUGCUGCAGAUUAGACUGGAUUUGAAAUGGAUUCCUGCCAAAAUGGCGUUGUUUUGAGUCUGACUGUUGCAUGGUGGGACAUAGUGAGACAGUUAGUGGGAAAUAGUAAGUGUUUUUGUAUGUAAAGGGAGCACAAAUGAGCCUGACGUAACAUUUGAAGUAGAGUCAGCAAAUAUGUUAGCUCACAUUAGCCACCAAAGGCUACUGGUCACGCCAGAAUUCAGUGAAAAACUGUUUUAAUUCUUAUGAAUUAUAAGCUUGAUUUUCAAAAGACAGUGGCCUUUUUUUAAAAAAAAAAAAAAUCUAUGUAGACUCACUUUAAUAUAUGGAAUGUUUUGCACCUACUGUAUCCUAGAGGGGGAGUUUGCGCCCAGUGAAGCCUGGUCUCAUGCAAUUAUGCAAUUCCACAUAUUAAUUUCAGGAGCUGAAGAAUGAUAUUAAAUGAUUUACAUAUCAAAUUUAACUUGAAUUGUUUAUGCUUGUUACCUAUGUGUUGUUGCGACUGGAAUUGUAAGCCAUUACAGCAUUCAUAAGGGAUUGCUCUCAUUGUCUCUGCUCUUACGCUAACAAUAAUAACAAUAACACUUAAUGCAGCAUAUUACUGAGAGGAAAGGAAAUGAUUAGUCAUCCAAACUCACCAAUAUCUGCCCAUGUUCUUGGAACAUACCAGUUAUCUUGCCUUUGUCUUGUACUGUAAGGAAACAGUGAGUGUUUUUCUCUUUUCUAUCAUUUUUUUUGCCUUUGUAUUGAUAUGUAUAGAUUUGAUUAUGUGACUCUGCAUCUGAGUUGAAUGAAACAAAGGG